AUUUCAUUCACCUCCUGAACAAAGAUGGAUCUGCAAAUCUCAGUUUUUCUUCUGUUCGUUCUUUUCACUGCAGGACACUCUUUCAGCUGUUAUGAGUGCAUGAACAUGACGGGUUCUUGUGCAAAUCAAAAGCUAAAAACAUGUCCCAGUGGAUCCUCCAAGUGCAUGAGUUUAACAACAGUCGCACAAGUUGGUGACAUCACUGCUAAAGUGAAGACUAAACUUUGUGCUGCUGACUGCGCAAGUGGAUCCAUGAACAUUGGCAUGGGAAGGACGUCUUUUGCGUGCUGUAACACAGACCAGUGUAACGUCCAAGACGCUCCAGAUCCCUCUAAUGUCCCCAACGGAAAGAAAUGUUACUCUUGUGAUGAGAAGAGCUGCUCAAACAUGAUGAGCUGUACAGGGAGUGAAGACCGCUGCUUUACAGCAACAGGAGGUUUCGGGAGCCUGACAGCUGUAAAAGGCUGUGUCUCUAAAUCCAUUUGUGAUGCUCAAGCAUCGUUUAAAGAUGUUCAGGGGGCCUCAUGCUGUGAGGGGAACCUGUGUAACGGUGCUAAGAGUGUCACUCAGAGCUUCUUGUUCCUCUGCUGUUCUCUGCUCUCCUUCAUCCUGCUGCACUGAAUACAGCAGCUCUUCACAUUCUACAAUGAGACACACUGAACUGAAUAUAGAGCUUGUACUUUCUCUAUACUGUGCACCUUUGGUGUGUUGAUAUGAUUUUUGCUGUGACAUUCUGAUGAAAUAUGAAAUAAAAUACUACAAUUAAUACAACCUGUCAUGCUGUAAAAAAGUCAUAAAUAUAUACUACUAAAA